AACCCGCUUGCCGAAUGGCGAUCAGUCUAGUUGUCAAACCGCGUACUGCUAUCUGCGAGAUGUCCCCAUCAAACUGGACCGUUUUAGUUGUUUUGUUCCAAUUUGUCCUCAGGUACCACACACUUGCCCUCCAGGAUGUCACGGUUGACUUGUUCGGUGCCGAAAACAACGGCACAGUGGCGGCGUUCGGUGACUUUAACGCUGACAAGCAGACAGACAUCUUCAUUAUCAGGGAGCAGGCCGAGUUGAUAAUCUUCUUUGCUGAUUCCAAACCACCUUACUUCAAGCCCAAGGUGCACAUCAGAAAAGGCAUUUUGUCAAGUGACGCCGUCCUCACCAGCGUGGUGCCCGGCGAUUAUGAUGGAGAUUCGCAGAUGGACGUUCUCCUCACUGCUCAAAUUAAACAAAUGGCAUCUUCAGUUUUCAUCUUUUGGGGAGACAACCAGACAUUAGAUAUGACUGGUUGGCUCAGGCUGAACAAGACCUUCAAGGAUCAACCUCUGGUCAUGGAUUUCAAUGGUGACAUGAUCCCCGAUAUAUUUGGAGUCACAGACCUGUCGACCACUGAAUUUUGCACUCUGACCAAUAGGGAUCCGGUGUGUCAGAGUGCUCUGAGUUCACACAUCAAUAUGCGGAUCCCUCACGCCAACGCCUUCGUUGAUCUCAACAAGGAUUUAACCGCUGAUUUGUUUCUGACAACUGAAGGCCCGAAGUUUGAGACCUGGAUCAGCAAGGAUGGCAACUUCAGCCGUGAAACUGUUCUGCCUGAAGACUCUCCUUUCUCCAGUGUGGGACAGUCAUCAUUUGCUGAUUUUGAUGGCGAUGGCUACCAGGACCACCUCCUACCCGUGUGUUUGGAUGAAGCCUGCCAACAAAGUGCCAUCUACCUGGCCAAGUCGGGCUCCAAAGAGUGGGUCCCCAUCCUGUCUGACUUCCAGCAGAGGGGGACAGUGUGGAGCUUUGUGCCAGGGAACCCCAGCCACCCUCUGUCCUUGCACCUUGGGGACUACAACCUGGACGGUUUCCCCGACGCCCUUGUGGUCCUCCGCAACACCAGUGGCAGUGCUCAGCAGGCGUUCCUGUUGGAGAACGUUCCUUGCACCAGCUCCGCUCUCCCCUGCCAGAGCAUCGUCCGGAUGUUCCGCGUCCAUUGGGAACAGCCAGACUUGGCCGCCAUCCCCAACGCUAUCACGGCCACUUUCUUUGACAUUUACGAGGAUGGCAUACUGGACAUGCUGGUGAUGAAGCAGGUGGAGGGCAAGCGAGACCUUGCUAUCCACGCCUUGAAGAACAACUUUGAAGCCGAUGCCUACUUUGUGAAAGUCAUGGUACUCAGUGGCCUCUGCUCCAACGCCUGUCCCGGAAACAUUAAGCCAUUUGGUGUUAACCAGCCGGGCCCAUAUGUAAUGUACACCACGGUGGACUCCAACGGCUACCUGAAGAACGCCUCAGCCGGUCAGUUGAGCCAGUCAGCGCACUUCUCCCUGCAGCUGCCCUACAUUGUGCUGGGCUUAGGACGUAGCGCCAAUUUCCUGGACCACUUGGUGGUCGGCAUCCCACGGCGGCCCGGAGAAGCGCAGGAGUUCAGGAAGCAGGAAUGGACGGCCAUCAUCCCCAACUCUCAGCUCAUUGUCAUCCCCUACCCACACAAUCAGCCCAGCAGUUGGAGCGCCAAACUGUACCUGACUCCCAGUAACAGUGUUCUGCUGACCGCCAUUGCCCUCAUUGGCGUGUGCGUCUUUAUACUCGUCAUCAUCGGGAUCCUCCACUGGCAGGAGAAGAAAGCAGACGAGCGGGAGAAGAGGCAGGAAGCUCAUCGUUUCCAUUUUGAUGCCAUGUGACCAGCCACCGUUGCAUCGUGCUUGGACGGCCCAUUCCCCAUUACCUUGUCCCCCUCCACUUUCAACGCACGUAUCUAUCUAUCCCCCUUACCUCCCUCUUACCCGGUCCCCUUUUCUUCUUUACCUGGAGUGCACCCUUUUACCAUUGCGUGGCCCUCUUUGACUUACCUGCACACUUUACCUCCUCCCUUGAAGUCCCCUUUCCCCAUUACUGUCAUCUGCCCCCCUUUAGCCAUCAACACACUCUUGACUGGACCACUUUAAAUGUUACCAUUACUUAUUUCCAUGAACGUUGUCCCUUGUAAACUCCCCGUCUUUAUCUGCCCCUCCUUUAUGUGUUACCUUCACAUUCACACUCUCACUCCAAAGGGCCAUUUGUUUGUGUAAGGGAAAAAAAACCCAUUGUGGCUCAUUUUCUUAUCUGGAAAAUAUUCCUAGUCUAAAAUGGCUCACACUUUCUCGUUGACUCUGCUGUGUUGUUAUCCUGUUUUGGCAAAAUGCCUGCCAUAAGAGCGUGCAGUGUCAUUGUCCAACUCCCAUCCAUUUAUGGUCAAAUGUCAAAUUUUCUUUUUCCUGCCUUCCGUGAUGCUGAAACUUUGUGUUCAGUCAUUUGAAUUCGUCUAAUUUUUCAUUCUUGUCGUUUUCAAGCUGCAGUGGGUCCGCUGCGACAGUUUGUGAAUAUGUUUUGGGAUUUGCACUUUUUAAAAAAAAAAACAAUUAUGCGUCUAAUUUAUUUUACGCCGCAGCAACUCCAUGUGAAUAAUAAAAGUUAUUGA